AUGCAACAGCCAUGGACGGCGAAGACAGUUCGAGGCAAUCAACGAUCCUUCUCUUCAGGAUCCAAUGACUACACGGCCCAGGGACUCUUGAACGGGGUCCCCAUCGCUGGUCUUGUCGACAACAGAGCCGAGCGCUGCAAUGUAUCCCUCAGGUUCGCCGAGUCGCACAGGCUCUCGCCACAAGAUGGAACCCAGCACACGGUCCAGCUAGGCAACGGGAAGACGGUGUCAUCCCCGGGCAUCGUCUCCAUCCCGUGGCGGUUUUCUGGGGAGUCAGAGUCGUAUCUGGUUGACUGCGCCAUCAUUCCAGGAUGCGUCCGGGACCUCGUCCUCGGGGCAGAUUUCCUGCGCCUCACCCAGACCUUGACCAAGUUCAGGAGCAGAAUCGCCACGGCGGCCCAGGGAGCCCUUCGUAGAUUACGCCUUAAUCUCCUCGCAGGCGAGAAGCAGCGACUCUGGGGGUUCCUGGACGGCGUCCUGGCCUCAGCGCUCCCCGACACUGGGUCCGACGUUAUGCUGGUUUCGGAAGAGUACGCGCGCUCACGGGGCCUUCGCGUCGACUGCAACCCCCAACACUGUCUAGAACUCGAGCUUGGCGAUGGCACAGUGGCCUAUACGAGCGGCGUGGUUAGAAACCUGGCCUGA